AUGUACAGCUCGACGGAGAUUGAGCUGGAUGAAAAUUCAUCAUCUCGACAGAAUGGAACGAGGUGGCCGCGACGUAGUGGAUUGCACAUCUUGCAAGGUCGGCCAUGGCGCGACACUUCGAAUCGCCGAGCACAACCAUGGAGCCCCGCGUGGUGGAUUGCACUGGUUUGCUUAAUAACUUUUGCGGCGCCAGCCGCUGCUGUUCUAUUGGACUUUGAAAACUGUAUAUCAAAAACUAUCCUCGAGUCCGACCCUCUACAACUUCAAUUCGUCCCUACCAACGUGUCCGUCAAAUUCAACCUUACCAACCCUCUACAUCCGCUCACCAUCACGGUAUAUGGGAAUGUGUCAGGAACCGUGUCUCGAACCGCACACUACCCCGCACCGGAUUCCUCCGUCUGGACAAAUCCCAAUUGGACCGAUGGGAAGAUUCAGGAUGUGAGCCGCACCAACAACAAGUACAGCACGCUGAUGACGGAUCUCAAUGUACUCAGCUUCACACCCUUCCACAAUGCCUCUCGUUUCCGUGACUCGGUCACGCAAGGUACUCUCCCAUUAGGCCCAGUCUUCAACUACAACCUGAGUGACUUGGAAACAUUACGAGCGUUCACCGUUGAACAUAAUAUGCUUUCAACCUACCGUUUCGGGACCAUCACACCGUUAUUAUCGGUUCGCUCUGGAGAUGCAUCCGCGGCUCAGCUCGCCUGUAUUUCAUUGAGCGCUACGCCGGACCUAGGAACGCCUCUCAAAAGUGCCAUCACCUAUGUGCCUCUUGUAAUUUUGAUACUUGUGGGGAUUGCGACCAUCAUCGCCGCCAUGUAUAGCCCUUGGGGCACAACUGAUCUAUUUCGGUGGACGAGCAAUUAUGGCCGUGAUGAGGACGUUCUCCGGCUCGUCACUCCUGGGUUUGCAGAUUGCCUGCAAUACCUCCAGUUCGCAGUCUUGACGGGUUCGCUUUCUUUGGAUUACCCAGGUUUCUUCCAGCCUGCUGUAAGUCAGGGAGCAUGGUCUACUCUCAUGUUCAACCAGAGUUUCGUGAGCUCUGGAAUGGGCCGCGAUCCCGUUGUUGAUGGCUUAUAUGCUAUCAACGGAACUUAUGGCCUCGAUCGAAUGAACCAUCUGGUUGGUAUGGCCUCGUCCCAGGAUAUCUGGCCUGGGAUGAUGAUAUGGGUGCUUAUAAUUUUGGCGUGUGUGACAGUGCUAUUCCAGAUUGCAUUCGCACUUCGAUGGCUGUAUCGUGAGUUGGCAAACAAUACCGAUCAAGAUCUUCGUGCCAGAAACAUGCCGUUUACCCUAGGUAACCUCAUUCGCAUUGUCUUCAAUUUCCUUCUCUUGCCGAUUAUCUCCCUUUCCUUCUUCCAGCUGGUUAUUGCUCGUCAAUCGACCGCUUACAGUGUUGCCUUGGCAGCCGUCGUGCUUAUCAUUCUCGCUUGCUUCUCCAUUUGGGUUAUUCGAGUGAUUCUUACCACACGACCCAAGUCUCACCUCUUUGAUGAUCUUCCUACGGUGCUAUUGUAUGGGCCACUAUAUAAUACAUACUGUGAUGAUGCAGCAGCCUUCGGUGUCGUGCCGAUAAUCUUGAACAUCGCUCGCGGGAUAGCCAUUGGUGCUCUGCAGCCAUCUGGCAUUGCUCAGGUGGUAAUGCUGGCCAUUUGCGAAGUUGUUUCCAUACUAACCCUGCUGGCUUUCCGACCUUUCUCAGGACCGACUCACAUGAACCUGUACCACUGCCUCUUCUCGAUUGUGCGUUUCUUGACUGUAAUCUUGAGCGUCAUAUUUAUGCCAUCAUUGACGGUUUCGGAUGCGGCGCGAGGCUGGAUCGGAUAUUUGAUCCUUGUGCUACAUGCCAUGGUUCUAAUCUUUGGGUUCUUCCUCAAUGCGAUGCAAACAUUGAUCGAGGUCCUGGCAAGAUUGGCUGGUGCAGGCGGUACCACUCGUGGUGGCUUGACCAAGGUACUUGGUAUGCGUCAGCUGUCCAGGCGCACUCCGCGGCGUGAUCUUACUCGCCAGAGCAUGGGGUCGGACGCUGCUAUGCUUGGCCACAGCGAUGACCGUAUGUCGUCUCAAUUUGAUGGAUCGCGUCCCCACAGUCUCUCUGGGAGCUCCGGUCUGCUUCUGAACCGUGCCACAGCUAGUGAUGGCAGAGCCAGCGCUGUUUAUGAUUAUCCCGGAUCGCAAGGGGGCACGCACAGUUGUGCUCCCAGUGGAGGAUUCCCCACGCCUACCUCGACUGCCUAUCAAGGUGCCGGCUUCUUUAGCUCACCCAGUAGUGGUACGAUGAUGGGAAAGAACCCCCGCGAUCCCUAUUAUCGACCACCCCGCCCGGGGCGAAGAACCCCCCCGGAAAGUGCUGCUCUCGAGAAGGGGAAGAGUCCGUCAAAGGGCUUCUUGAAAUCAAGAGCAAGCCGCCGAGCAGUCAAAACCGAAGACGACCUAGGAGAUGGCACCAUGUCUGGCCGGGCCACACCUGUCCCAGCAUAUCUAGCAGCACCAAAGGAUGAUAUGGAGCUCGAUACCCCACGCAAGCCGAAGGAUUAUGCUGUUCGUGAGGUUGAUUUCUACUACGGUGUUCGAGGUCCACCGCUCUCUCACAGCGGCACCCGAAAGUUAAAAACUGGCCCAGCUGACCCCACAGGCCCAGUCUCCUCUGCGACGGGCUGGUUCCGAGGCUUGCUCCAAAGGAAAACCAAGGAUAAUGCCAAAGGAUUUGAGGUGGUUCGAAGUGCUCGUGCGCCUCCUCCAGGUCUAUUCCCGCGAGGAGGAGACUAUAAUGAUCAGGAUCAGGAUGAUACAGGCACGCCAUCUGCCGGCCAUUCUCGAAAUGUUUCUACUAGCCAUGUUCCCUAUCAGGAUUCAGAUAAUGACCAGGAUCCCGAGCGGUCAAGUGAGACACGCCCGCCAGCACUACCGCCACUUAAAACUUCAAUUGGUGGUGGCAUCGAGUUGCCGAGUCGAACGGGUUCUCACCAUACAAAGGCACCUGGUGAACAAGACGCAGAUUUGACUGGGGUUGGUCUUUCAGUUCUGACCGAAACCCAGUCGCACAACUCUGAGGUAGGCCAGCGCUCCGAGCACCAUCUCCAGCCAGAAGGCUCCACCACCGCGCGCUUACCUUUCAGUGGGAGUAGCUCGCCAUCUCGUGAACGAGGUCUGUCUAUGACCUCUACUUCAAGGUCAAGGUCAAACUCCUCGAGCAAGCAAACGGGGCCUCGAGCUGGACGGCCCUCGAGUAUGGGCUAUGUUCCUCAAUACCGGGCACACGACCACAUCCACGAGGCAAGCCCCGAUGAGAUGUCGUUUACAGGCAGCUCAGCAGAACUUGUUGAUGAAACUGCGCUGGGCAGGCACGAAUUCUAG